CCGAACUAACUUCCGGGCAGGCCCCGCCCCCGAGCCGUGGCCCCGCCCCUGCGGCCCCGCCCGUAUCACGAGGCCAACGAGCAUAAGAGUAGGCCACUCAGCACUGCAGUGAAUCUGGAGACUCCCUAAGUUCCCCGCCAGGAUGAUGUGUGGGGCGCCUUCCGCCACGCAGCCCGCCACGGCUGAGACGCAGGAGCUCGCGGAUGCGGUGAGGGCCCAGCUUGAAGAGAAGGAAAACCAGAAGUACUCAGUUUUCAAGGCUGUAUCCUUCAGGAGCCAGCCGGUGGCUGGGAUCAACUACUUCAUCAAGGUAGACACUGGGGACGAGAACUUCUUGCAUUUGCGGGUGUUCAAGAGCCUCCCACAUGAGAACAAGCCCUUGAUGCUGGCCGCCUACCAGACCAACAAGUCCAGGCAUGACGAGCUGGCCUACUUCUAGCCCCUUGUCCUGCGCAGCUCCGUGCGACUGCCACCAUGUAUCUCCUGCAAGCCCAUGUUCGGGACCAUGAUGUAAAUCAUCCUGCUGGGCCACCCAGCCAUGAGGAGCAGCUUCUUACACUGUGGCUCCAAAAUGUCUGUGUAGUUUUCCCCUCCCAGUGAAUGAUAUUGUUCCCAAGAGGCCUGUACAUGAUCUACCUUUAAAUAUCUAUUUUUAAAGUCUUUACUGAUG